GUGCUAGUGAGUUUCUUAAGCCCGUAUCAGAUAACACAUUAGAAAUUUCGGAAAAAAUUUUCUUUUCGAUAGCCAAUUGCGUGACACUGUGUCCACCUGUGUUUCCUUGCUGGAAACACGUGUUUUCCUUGCUUAGUGCAAAUAUACAUAAACAAAGCACAUUUAAAAAAAUUAUUGUAUUUUCCAACGUGAUACGUAUCAUAAAUACACGAUAAAUAAAUUGAUCUAAUACAUCGUUUCAGAAGAGGACCAAGUGAAAAUCCAAAAAGGAAAGAAGCAAAAUUAAUAGAUUGAUCAAUAAGUCAAGUGAUUGAUAUUCAGUCUAAACAAUUGUUUCUUUCGAGUGUCUAGCAUAAUCAGACAUGUAUAAGAUGGCUGUAAAAGAAAAACAAACGGAGUCUUUAUUUGAGGAGAUAGAAUGGAACGUGGAGAAUGAGAUUCAACUUUUCUUCUCUAUGAACGGACACAAACCAGUUGGUGUUAACAAAUACUUUCAUAUGGUGUGCAUAUGGGAGAAAUUUCGUGCUGCCAUUCACAAGGAUGUGUCACUGAAGAUGAUAUGGGAUCAUUUGGAAUCUAUGUACGAUCUUAUGGCUUUGGAUGAUAUGGAAGAUUUACCUUUUCCCAGUCAAGAGAUGGAUUUUUCUUUACCGGAGACAGAAUUUGUAGCAAAGCCUCGAAAGAAGGAAGAAUUGGAGAUAAAACUGAAAGAUCAGAGAGAUAAAUAUAAAGAGAUUAAGAAAGAAAAGGAUAUUAAGGAAAGUUUAAAAAAAGACAGUGCACUGCGUGAUUUUAAAGGAAGCAAAGAUAUGGAAAAGAAGAAGGAAGAAAUGAAGAAAUACGUGAAAGAAAUGGACAUCAAGAAAGAUAAGUUUAGGGAUGUGAAAGAUACAAGGAAAGAACAUAAAUCUUCGAAAGGUCGUUCAAAAGGCAAAGACGAUUCAGAAGAAAGUGCAUCAAAUGGAAAGAAGGAGCGUAAGGAUUCCGAAUCUAGUCGCGAACUUUUGAAAAGAAUCCCCAAGAGGCCAACUAGGCAAAGUGUGGACAGUUCGUCCAAAGCUUCUUCUAGUCCACGUGAUACACCUCCUCCAAAGCGAAGAAGGAUAUAACAGUUAUCGUAAACGUGGAAACAUUGUCACAUUUAUAUCUCAUGUUGAGUCCAAGUUGUAUAAUUUAUCAUAUAUGAGUAUUAUAAUAUAUAUUCUAACAAUAUGAACAUGUAUGUAUAUAUAUGUGUACGUAUGUAUGUAUUUAUAUAUAUACAUGAACCAUUUAAUUUUUAUAAAAGAUUUUACACAUAUUAUGUAGCUUAAAUAUAUUAUCAUAUUUUCUAUAAACAUCUUUGUUUUUUAAAUGUUUAAUGCUCAAAUGAAAGAAAGAGGAGAAAAGAAUAAUAAUAAAUUCACUUUUAAUACGUAAUAUAAAAAGAAGUGGGAUAUUUUUGCAGUAGUUCAGAAUAGAGUAAAAAUUAUCUGAAUUAUGUAGUUCUAUUUUAUAGUUUUCUAUUUUUUUGAGAUAUCAAACUUGCUGCACACAUACUUUCCUAUAAUUCCUAUUGUUCCAGAAUAUACAAUUGUUUUAUGAAAUACAGAAAGUAAUGCGUAUUUAUAUCUUGCUAUUAAAAUAAAAAAUAAAAUAAAAUGUA